GGAACGCAACAGCAUGCCCAGGAAGCGCAAAAAGUGGAAUUACUACUAAAAAACAGUAAUAAUACUGGAAAGGAUAAUACUUAGGAACUAAAUUACGUAUCCGCCUCGAUGGCCACUGGCAUCGAGCUGCUGGUGGCAGCCGCCCUUUGUGCCGCCUGUCCCGCUCUAAACGAAUCCCUGCCGUCGAGUCUCAUCGUACUCGGCGAAGUCGGCAUCCUGCCCACCGAACUGCCCAUCGAUGUGGAGGCCACGGAUGCCGGACUGGAUGAGGACGCCCCCGCGGAGACGCUGGAGUCCAUCAUCAGCAAGAAGAUCAAGCUCCGCGAGAUGCGGGAGUGGAUCGGGGGCAAGCACCUGCGCAUCGGCACGCUGGAGGACUAUCCGCUCAGCUACACCGAGGUCCUGGAAAACGGCACCCGCAUCGGCCACGGGGUCUCCUUUCAGAUCAUCGACUUUCUCAAGAAGAAGUUCAACUUUACCUAUGAGGUUUUCGUGCCCCAAGACAACAUUAUCGGCUCGCCAACCGACUUCGAUCGCAGCCUCAUCGAGAUGGUCAACAGCAGUGAAGUGCACUUGGCUGCGGCCUUCAUACCCUCGCUUUCGGACCAGCGGAGCUUCGUUUACUACUCGACCACGACGCUGGACGAGGGCGAGUGGAUAAUGGUGAUGCAGCGGCCAAGGGAAUCGGCCAGUGGAUCCGGGCUGCUGGCGCCCUUCGAGUUCUGGGUGUGGAUCCUGAUCCUCGUCUCGCUCCUGGCCGUCGGCCCGAUCAUCUACGUGCUGAUCAUCCUGCGCAACCGGAUGACCGGCGAUGGCCAGCAGACGCCCUAUUCGCUGGGCCACUGCGCCUGGUUCGUCUACGGAGCGCUGAUGAAGCAGGGCAGCACUUUGUCGCCCAUCGCAGACUCGACCCGGCUGCUCUUUGCCACCUGGUGGAUUUUCAUCACGAUACUGACGUCCUUCUACACGGCCAACCUGACGGCCUUCCUGACCCUCUCCAAGUUCACGCUGCCCUACAACACGGUCAACGAUAUCCUCACGAAGAACAAACACUUUGUGUCCAUGCGGGGCGGCGGGGUCGAGUACGCCAUUCGAACGACCAAUGAAUCUCUGUCCAUGCUGAACCGGAUGAUCCAGAACAAUUAUGCCGUAUUCUCAGACGAAACUAACGACACUUACAACCUGCAGAAUUAUGUGGAAAGGAAUGGAUAUGUUUUCGUUAGGGAUCGGCCGGCGAUCAACAUAAUGCUGUACCAGGACUAUCUGUACCGGAAAACCGUGAGCUUCAGUGACGAGAAGGUCCACUGCCCCUUUGCCAUGGCCAAGGAGCCGUUCCUGAAGAAGAAGCGCACCUUCGCCUAUCCGAUUGGCUCGAAUCUGAGCCAACUAUUUGAUCCAGAGCUGCUCAAUCUGGUGGAGUCGGGCAUUGUGAAGCAUUUGUCGUCCAAGGACCUGCCCAGUGCGGAGAUCUGUCCGCAGGAUCUUGGCGGAACGGAGCGACAGCUGAGGAAUGGCGAUCUGAUGAUGACCUACUACAUAAUGCUGGCCGGUUUCGCCACCGCACUGGCCGUUUUCAGCACGGAGCUGGUGUUCCGGUAUGUCAACAGUCGCCAGGAGGCCAACAAGUGGGCGCGCCAUGGAAUCGGACGCACGCCCAAUGGCCAGUCGGUGGCUCCGUCCCGCUGGCUGCGCGGCUGGAGGCGAUUGGACAGCGGACACGGCCAGCUGCUGGGCGCCUCCACGCACGGCCAAAAUGUCACCCCACCGCCGCCGUACCAAAGCAUCUUCAACGGUGGAAGUCACGGGGAUCCUCUGAAUAGAUGGCGACGACCUCUAGGCAAUGGAAAUGCCAUUGGCAAUGGUGUCCUACUGGGCGGCGACUCUGAGGGCGGCGUGCGGCGCUUGAUCAACGGACGCGACUACAUGGUAUUCCGCAAUCCAAAUGGACAGAGUCAACUGGUCCCCGUUCGAUCGCCCUCGGCGGCCCUCUUUCAAUACAGCUACACUGAGUAGAUUUUAUUAUUAGU